ACAGCAGAGGUAGAGAGAGAAAGUGAGAGAGAGAAAGUAGGGGCAUUGUAGUCAUUUCACAUAAAUUGACCUGCUAAAAUAAUGAAAAAACAAAAGCAUCUUCCCCCUUCUUUCAGAUUCAUGAAUAUGCAGAACAAACAAGAUGAAAAAAAGGAGAAGAAAAAAAAAAACCACACAUCAAACAGCCAGCCGGUCCGGUCCUGUCCCCCAACCACAGCAAGAAAAGGAGAGAGCCCUAUAAAGUAUGGUGCUUUCAUACCAAAACAGAAAAGAAAAACCUAAUUUAAUCUCCUUCCAUUUGGAAAAAAAAAAAAGAAGGCAAUUUUUUUUUCUGGAUGAAGAAGGAGCCCUCAAAUUUUACUAGUCUUUCCCUUUUUGUGUCUCUCUCUAGAAGUCUAGAUUUCUUUCUCUCUCCUUACAGGAAAAAAGGAAGAAGAAACAGAGAAACUCCACGCAUCAACGACAAGGAAGAGUCUUUACCACUCAAAAUUCUGUCUUUCUUUCUUUCUUUCUUUCUUGCUUGCUGUGCUGUGGUUUGCUUUGUUUCUUUCUCUUUCAUUCACAUUCACAAAGCUUUUAAUGGCCCAGCUGGACCAAAAUUUAUGUUAAGAAGAAAAACCAAAAAAGAAAGUGAAGAUGGAAUGGAUAGAUAGAUGGAUAGAUAGAUGUCUUUCUAAUGUCCUCCAACCAAACCCACCUCACAAUCACUCACAUACACACAUACACAAACAAACCCUUCUUUUCUUAAAAAUGGGUGUUCCCUCAAUUGCCCUUCUGCAACCCCCAAAAAUCCCCCCAUCUUCAUCACUGUCUCUGAAAAGAACAAUUUUUUUCACCGAGUUAUGUGGGCUUUUUUGGGUUUUAGUUGGCUUGGUCAGAGCUUCCACAGAGAAAACAGGAAACCAGGAACCUUCACCCCCUUUCUCUUCCUCAAUUCCCAUCAAUUUCUCUUUUCUCUUUCUAUUUCUCUUCUUUUUCUCUUUCUUCUUUGUCCUUGCCUCUUCUUCUUCACCCACUUUCUUUAUUUUCUUCCCCACUUCUUCAUUACCCAUCUUCCUUUCUCUCCUUCUUUCCCCUUCAUCUAACUUUUUGCCUCUUUUCCCUUCUGGGUUUUUGUUUUCUUUCCUUCGUUCUCAUCUAUGAAGAAGAUGAAAGGGGUUGUCUCUCAAUACCCUGUUUACGAGGAUUCCAAGACUAGAUUCAAGCAUCAGAGUCUCCUCCAAGAUUAUCAUGACUUGGAGAAGGAAACAGGAACUGUCAAGAGGAAAUUACAAAUGAUGAAGCAAAAAAAGAUGACCCUAAUAGCAGAAGUCAGAUUCUUAAGGAAGAGAUAUGAGUACUUGAUGAAGAACCAACCAUCAACAAAAGACCAUUAUUCAAAUGGAGAGACAGUGCAGCCGAAGCAAUUGAAAAAUCAAGUGGCUAAUAAUAAUAAGAAGGUGAAGAAUGGUGGUAGAAGAAGAACUGCUUUGCAACCGCUCCCGACCAUCUCAGAUAUAAACCAAAAGGAAAGAAUCGAUAUGCCUAUGCAGAAUUCUAUUCCAAUUCCUGUUCUUGACUUAAACCAGAAGGCAAAGACUUCUUCUAGGAAGAAAGCCAAUCAACAUAACUUGAUCCCGGUUUUCGACUUGAACCAGAAGGAAAGAAUGUGCAGUGGGAGAGAUGCUAGCGAGAGAAACAUCACUCCAUUUUUUGACUUGAACCAAAUUUCGAUAGAGGAAGAGGAAUUGCAGACCCAUUACGAGCCGCUGAGAGUUGAUGAGCUGAAGAAAAGCCUUCUUCGAGGAGGGAACGAUGAGCAGCAAAACGAUAUCAAGAUUUCGGCAUGCAGGAGUAUUGGAGAUGGUCCAAGUCGAGCUGGUAAAAGAAAAAUUUCAUGGCAAGAUCAGGUAGCUUUAAGGGUUUGAGCUCAUUGUAAUCUCUAGUGUCACUUCGAACUCUACUAUUUGGGUGAUGGGGUUGAGGCAUUUCCUUUGCCUGAAAGUUACCAAGGUUGAUUGUAAUUCCUUCUCUGAUUCUGUAUUUUUCUAUGUAAAGGGAAAGUAAAGUAGUAUUUGUCCAUGUCAAUACAUUUAAAAAGAAUGAUGAGGAGAUAUGGAAAAGGAUCAAAAUGGAAAUCCUUCAGUCUAUUGGCUA